UAUCAGUACAGACUGAAACUAACAACUGUAAACAUUAUUCAAAUAAAAUUCAUAAUGUCCACAUUUAUUUUGCUAAUUUUUGCCAUAUUGCUUGGCUCUGUUGUCGCACCCGAGUUUAAUCCGUUUCUCGAGUUGGUCUGUGUGGACUGCAAGGAGGACUGUGGUGUACGCUCAACUGGCUCCAGUUGUCUCUCACUCGAUCGUUCAAGGACCUUCUCUGUGGCAAACAUGACGCGCUACACCAUGGACCAUUAUAACCAUCUGAAAAAGUGCAUUCCCAGGGACGAACAUCUCAGUGAGCCGAAACCCGAUUUCUGCUGCGCCUGGUCGCCGGAACUGGGCUGCCAGAUGAUCAAGCGGCUAAGUGGCUUACAGCGAACAUGCGAUUCGUGCAAAGAGCUGACCCAAGAUAGUCCAGAGAUUGAGCUUUGUCCCUGCAAGGCAGCCCAUGCAAAACUAUGCACAGGUCUCCUCAUCAUCGCCAUUACAGUGCUGCAGCUGGGCAUUAUCGACCCAUCGAAUUGGGCAUUGUGAGGGGGGAUGUGGAAUUGUUCAACAGAGUAGUCCAUAAAUAAAACUCGCUAGAAUUUUUGAUUUAAUAAAU